AUGGACGUUAUUCUCGAGAUCUGGGACACCUAUCUAGGCGACUACGUAUUCGCCAACCUUCACCCUGCGCGGUCCAUUGCGCCAGAUUUCCUCGAGGUUCACAAUGCGACGACCUCGUCAUGGCAGUAUAAGCCCGCCUCUUCAUACAUUGACUUCGAGCCCAGUCCAUACGCAUACAUGAGUGCGUGGGAUAGAGACAACAUAUUUCGACAGGCCAUAUCGCUGUGGACCAUUACUGUUAUCUUCGGCUGUCUGUUAUACUUCAUCUUCGCUUCUCUCUCAUACUGGCUGGUCUUCAACAAGGACGCGAAACUUCACCCCAAAUUUCUCAAGAACCAGAUUUCCAUGGAAAUUAAACAAUCGGUGUCGUCCUUCCCAGGUAUGGCUAUCCUCACAACCGUGUUCUGGCUCAUCGAGGUCCGCGGAUACACGAAACUGUACGACACGCCCGCUGAUGGCCCGGGCAUGUGGUACGAGUAUGCUCAGUUCCCCUGCUUCCUGGUUUUCACGGAUGCCUUGAUUUACCUAAUCCACCGUGGUCUACACCAUCCUGCCGUCUACAAGCAGCUGCACAAGCCUCACCACAAAUGGGUUAUGCCAACACCCUUUGCGUCCCACGCUUUUCACCCCGUAGAUGGGUUUGCGCAGUCGUUCCCGUACCACUUGUAUCCAAUCUUGUUCCCCUUGAACAAAUACGCGUCCGUCGCGCUCUUCGUCUUCGUCAACUUUUGGACCAUCAUGAUCCACGAUGGCGAGUAUGUGGCUGACAGCCCCGUCAUCAACGGUGCCGCCUGCCACACUAUGCACCACCUGUACUUCAACUACAACUAUGGCCAGUACACUACACUCUGGGACCGCCUUGGAGGCUCAUACCGCAAGCCCGAUGCCGAUCUCUUCGACAAGGAAAAGAAGAUGAGUGAUGCCCAGUGGAGGCGUCAAGUCAAGGAUAUGGAGCGCAUCGCCGAAGAAGUCGAGGGUGUGGAUGACCGUGUCUACGAGAGAACUGAAUCAAAAAAGAGCAAAUGA